UAUUUCUUAUGUCAGGCCAAACCUUUAAAUUACCAAACGUAGCUUUCUCUCUCCUAACUCUUCUCUCAUAAUUUCUCUGAUACUGUCCUCCCCAUCUGCACAAUCUCCGCCCAUAUCUUUAUAUCUGUCCUCCUCCUAUGACAAGAUUUUUCUCCCCAAUUUCUGUGUCUGCUAGUGGAUAGACAGUCCACACUCUCAAUUGGAACCCGAUACGAGUACAAUUUCUUGUGCCUAAACCCUACUUUUCUUUCACCUCUGUUUAGCAAUAACAAAAGCCCAUGAGGAGAAUUUCCAUUUUAUGGGUACCCAGAAGUUUUUCUCUCUCUCUAUGAUCAAAACCCACUUGGGUUUUCUAUAUAAAGGCUUCUCAGAGGAGUUUACAUGUAAAAACAUGCUUAGGCUUGCUAAUUAUUUCUGGGUUUUGCCCACGUAUCUUUUCCUUCUUUUUGGGUUCAUUUUCAGACACAUAUUCAGAUUAUUUUCAGCUGAUAGCUAUAAGAAGAAAGAUUCCGAUUUUGAGGCUGAUCAUUUGCAACAGGAUGAUCAAAUUGAUUCAGUUUGUGAAACAGAGGAAGAGAAUCAAGAGUUUGUUUUCGGGUUCCGGUUUCAGAACAGCGGAACCGAGCACUCUGUUUCGCGAGAAAAUUCUCUGAAUCACAACGCAAGCAAGUAUCAUCAGUUCACCUCCACAAAAGAUUACAGGGGAUUCAUUGAGGAGCCUGAAACCGUUAGCUGUUCCGUCCAGGAGUUGUUUCUGAGUCCAAAUGAUCAAAAUUCUUGGGAAUUCGAUUCCAAAGCAAAUAAAUCUAUCAUCAGUGCAAAAACAGAGGACUCUGUUUUUCAAGAAAAUUUGCGGAGUUCGAAAACGAGCAAGUAUCAGUUCAUAUCCACCAAUGACGUCAAGGGAUUCAUUGAGGAACCUGAAAGGAUUACCUUUCAGCUUCAGGAUUUUUCCGUGGGUCUAAAUGAUUUUCCCAAUGCAGAAAAUGGAAAUCAAGGUUCAGGGGAAUUCAAUUCUAAAGCGAAGAACUCUAUUACCAGUGGAGAAACAGAGGACUCCGUUUUCCAAUCAAAUUUGCCGAAUCAGAAAGCGAGCAAGCCUCAGUUCAGUUCCAACAAAGAUUUCUGGGAAUUUAUUGAGAAGCCUGAAGUCAUUCAAGGUUCUUCGGUGGGUCCAAAUGAUUUUCAAAUCGUUGAUAGUGGAAAUCAAGAUUUCAAUGGAUUUUAUUCAGAAGAAGCAGAGGACUCUGUUACUGAAGGAGAGAACUCUGUUACUCCAGAACAGGGGAUUUUCCCCAGUGAUUGUUAUUUUCAAGGCAAAAAAGAGACAACCGGCUUGGAAAUCAGUCACUUGGGUGUGGAAAAUUCUUCUCAAGAAGUUGGAUUGAAUUCGCGGAAUCCAUUCUGGUGUUUCGAUUUUGAUUUUGAGCCCAAGGCUAGUGUUUCAAGCGAAGAAGUGGAUUCAAUCACCAGUGAUUAUUUUGCAAACUCUUUCGUGGACGAAGAAUCAGAGAAUCCAAACCUAGAAUUCACCGAGGAAAUUUCGAAUCCGGCCGAAAUCAGUUUUCUCGAACCAAGAGCUUCUUGCACUGACGAUGAGUUCAUAGAAUUCGAGCCAGAUUUCCAAGAUUCUGCUAAAAGUGAACCAGAAGAUUUACAAGAAAUGGAAGAGGAAGGAAAAUCUGAAGAACCGAAAAGCUGGGAAAAAUCAUGGGAUUACGGUUAUGAAGAUGAUGAUGAUGAUGAUGAUGACUUGUUUGGUGAUGUUCUUUUGAAACACCGAGAAUCAGUUGAACAGAUGAAAGCUGAAAUGAAGAAUGCAAAAGGUAAAGGGGUGUUGCCCACUAUUCUGGAGGAAUCUGAGAGUCCACCAAAAGUGGUGGAGGAUUUGAGGCCACUGAUGAGAAUUGAUGAGAAAUUCGAGCACAAGGACCGUUUGGAAGAGAUUCAGAAGGUGUAUAAAGGGUACGCAGAGAAAAUGAGGAAACUGGACGUCUUGAAUUACCAAACGCUGCAUGGAAUCAGUUUCCUCCAAUUGAAAGAUCAAAUUCACCAAGGUUCAGCCCAGAAAUCAUCGGUUUCAGCGAUCAAAUCCCUGCUUUUGCCAAACCUCUUGCAAGUCAAGCUACGAAGGAUUUUCGCCGAUCCAACGCUGAAGUCCAUUACUGAUUUGCACCGGAACUUGGAAUUGGUAUACGUUGGACACGCCUGCCUUUCGUGGGAGAUCCUCCACUGGCAAUAUAGGAAAGCGAUGGAAAUGCUGGAAGAUGAAGGUGAAGGAAACACGAGUUCAUAUAACCAUGUGGCCGGUGAAUUCCAGCAGUUUCGAGUGCUUUUGGAGAGGUUUGUGGAGAACGAGCCGUUCCAAGGCCCCAGAGUCCAAACCUACGCCAAGAACCGGUGUGAUAUUCGUUCCAUUCUUCAAGUUCCGGUUAUUAAAGAAGAUAGUUUGAAGGACAAGAAGGAUAGUACAGUUUGGGAAGAUUAUGAAGUCUCAGCUGCAAUGCUGACACAAGUAAUCGACGAAUCGAUGCGCGUUUUCUGGGAAUUCAUCGAGGCCGAUAAAGAUGAGGCCAAUGUGAUCUUGAAGGGGAUUCAGUCAACCAAUCAUGUUGAUCUUCAAGACCCUUCAGAUUCCGAGUUUCUGAUGGACAUCAAAACAAUUCUCCAAAAGAAGGAAAAGAGGCUGAAGGACCUGCUGAGGAGUGGGAACUGCUUAGUGAAGAAGUUCCAAAAACACCAAGAAAGUAGACUGAGUGGUGCCCUGUUAUUCGCCCAAGUUGAGCUGAAACUGGUGUCAAGAGUGCUGAAUAUGUCAAGAUUAACAACAGAUCAGCUGGUCUGGUGUCAAAAGAAACUAAACAAGGUUAGCAUUGUGAACAGGAAGAUUCAGUUAGAACCCUCGUUUUUGCUUUUCCCAUUUUGAGAUCUCGAAAAUAACAGAUAAAGGCGAUUGUAUAGACUCAGCUCGUUAUACAGCAAUUCUGCAGGUUAUGUAUAUAGGAGUAGAACCCUUAUUUGUGUUUUUUCUUCAUUUUUGGACGUUAAAAGAAUUACAGAAAGGCGAUUGUAUAAAACUCGCUUGUCACAACAAUUCCGAUCGGGUUGUGUAUAUGUUGGAGACUUGCAAUGACAUUUUGGUUUGCCAAUCAUUUUUUUUUUUUGGCAAAUUUUU